GUAGGUGGCGCUGCUGCGCAACGCAAACGUGAAGCAGACGCUUUUUAAGUAAACAAAAACAGCGUCGUUCUUUAAAAAAAAAACAAAAAAAAACACAUGCAAACUUCGUGACAUUGAUGUCUUAAAAUGAUCAGUAGCGAAAAUGAGAUGGAGGAAGAUGAAAGCGAGUGGAGGAACUCUUUCGUGGAUUCAGCAGCGCUUUGCUCCGCCACCUCUGCAGCUACUUCUGGCCCAGCCACCAAAAAGACACCAGGACCUGCACACAGAGUCAUUCUUCAUUUUGACCUGGACUGCUUCUAUGCUCAGGUGGAAAUGAUAAGAAAUCCAGCUCUGAGGGAAGUCUCUUUAGGUAUCCAGCAGAAAUACAUCGUGGUCACCUGUAAUUAUGUGGCAAGAGAGCGGGGCAUCUCAAAGCUGAUGUCUGUAACUGAUGCAAAAAAGAAAUGUCCUGAGCUGGUGCUGGUUAAAGGAGAAGACCUGACACACUACAGAGAAAUGUCCUAUAAAGUGACAGAACUGCUGAUGUCCUAUUGUCCACUCGUAGAGAGGCUCGGAUUUGAUGAAAACUUCAUGGAUGUCACGGAGCUGGUGGAGCGAAGGCUAGCACAGACAACAGAGUUUGACAGCUUAUCGUUCAAGGGACAUGUCUACAAUCAUUUCAGUGCAGAUGUUAAAACCAGUGACCACCAGAGGCUGGCUGUAGGUUCACACAUUGCAGCAGAGCUGAGAGAAGCUAUCCACAGCAAACUUGGCCUGACUGGCUGUGCUGGCAUCGCCACAAACAAGCUGCUGGCCAAACUAGUUUCAGGCACCUUCAAACCAAACCAGCAGACCAUAUUACUUCAGGAGAACGUCACUGACAUCAUGGGAUGCUUGAGUGGCCUCCGAAAAGUACCCGGUGUGGGUCAUCAAACUGCGAAGAGACUUCAAGCUCUGGGGUUGGUCAAUGUUAACGAGCUACAGCUCUACCCUUUGAAUGACUUGGAGAGGGAGUUUGGAGGCCCCACCGCUCAGCGCUUAAAGAAUUUGGCCUUUGGUGUUGAUGACUCACCGGUCACCCCAACGGGGGCCCCUCAGUCUCUCAGCGAUGAAGACUCCUUCAAAAAAAUGUCUUCAGUUUCAGAAGUUCUGGAGAAGAUUCAGGAGCUCUUGAGCAGUCUGGUGGAGAGGAUGCACAAAGAUGGCCGACUGCCUCGAACCUUCAGGCUUACAAUCCGACGAUUCUCUGCAACCAACAAGUGGUUCAACCGGGAGAGCCGCCAGUGCCCGGUCCCGAGCCACAUCGGACAGAAGAUCACCUCUGGGAUGCAUGAAGAGGCUGUGGUCCAGCUGAUCCCGUUGGCUAUGAAGCUCUUCCACAAGAUGGUGGACAGCAGCGCUGCUUUUCACCUCACACUCAUCAAUACCUGCUUCAGUAACCUGCAGAGCAGAGGGGCUGGUGGGAGCAGGAUGGGUGCCAUAACGUCAUUCUUCACACAGAACUCUCCCAGAAAAUUUCAGAUCCUAUCCUCACAAAGUCAGGAUGAUUCAUCUCAGAAUGCAGACAGUCGCUGCUUGGAUCAUCAGGCCAACGCUCGCAGUACGAUUGCUUCAUUAAAACGCCCUUUCAGCACAAAAAGCUCCUCUUGCUCUGAGGAGUCAUUGCAUGGCUUCACAUCUGAGCAAAGCUCUGUUGUUGUCCAAGAAGAGAGUCAGAAAGCGUCCUGCAGCGCAGAGGGACUCAGCUAUGAUGGAAUGACAAACACUACAACGCAUCAGUUACCACUAAAUGUUGACCCUGAGGUGUUUAAAAUGCUUCCAGAGGAAAUCCAGAAGGAGCUGUUGUCUCCUCCCUACCUAAACUCCCUGUCCAGUCAGUCAGCCAGUUCAGCCACAGAUGCCUCUCAAAUAUCCCAGAACAAGCCCUCGGAGGCGGUAAACAAAUUGGACCCAUCUGACAGAACGACCGCCGUGACUAAGCUGUGGCCUGCAGGAGCAACUCAAAUACAGAACGUCAUGGAAGGAGAUAAACUUUCAUUACCCCAGUCUUCGUAUGACUGCAAGUUCCCGGGAAAUGUGGACCCUGAGGUGUUUUCUAAACUUCCGCCAGAUGUUCAAAGGGAGCUAAUGUCUGAGUGGAAGCAGCAGAAGCCAGUAAUGAAUAUUCCCUCAUCCAGAAAACCGGGGAGAGACUGGAUGAGCAAAGACAGGAAGGCUGCAGGAAAAAGUAGCCAGUCAAAUAAUCUGCUCAAGUAUUUUAAACCCAGUUAGAGAAUA